CUACUUUGCAUGUUCACAAAUUGAUUUGUCUAGGUCAUUUCGCGUGCAGAUUAUGAUGUCUGAUGCAGCUAGAAUUGAUGUUGACCGCUAUGGACAGGAUCAUUUAUACACUUUCUGGGAUGAACUUAAUACAGAGGAACAGUCUGAACUUCUUGAUGAUAUUUCUAGGAUAAAUUUCUCUGCUGUCAGUCGCAUCACGGAUGCUCCUCCCGAUUGCUCUUCGGGACUCGAUGAUAAACUCCUGCCACCUGACCCAAAAGUUUGCGGAUCUCUAGCGGAGUUGCGCACUUCACAGCCUCUUUUACUGGAACGCUAUUUCAAUACUGCUUUGAAGGCAGUCAGUGAAAAUAAAGUGGCGGUCCUAUUGUUAGCGGGUGGCCAAGGGACACGGCUUGGUGUUCCCUAUCCUAAAGGGUUGUAUAAGCCGAAUUUGCCAUCAGGUCGUUCAUUAUACCAACUUCAAGCUGAGCGUCUUCUUCGCGUUUCUCAAAUAUGUAAAGAAACAUUUGGUAAAACUCCUUCAAUAACUUGGUAUAUCAUGACUUCUGAGCAUACAAAAGAAACAACUGUACAAUAUUUCAAAUCAUUUGAUUAUUUCGGACAUAAUCGUGAUAAUAUAGUGUUUUUUGAACAAUACACUCUUCCAGUCUUCUCUGUAGAUGGAAAAAUACUAUUGCAAACAAAGUCUAAAUUAACUUCAGCUCCAGAUGGAAACGGCGGAUUGUACAGAGCUCUCAAAGAGCGUGGUAUUCUUGAUGAUAUGAAAUCAAGAGGAAUUGAAUAUGUUCAAAUUUAUUGUGUUGAUAAUAUUCUAGUAAAAAUACCUGAUCUUCAUUUUAUUGGUUACUGUAUUGAAAAUAAUGCAGAUUGUGCUGCUGAAGUUGUUCAAAGGCUUGAUCCAGAAGAACCGAUAGGAGUUGUUGGAGUAGUAGAUGGUCGAUAUCAGAUUGUCGAAUAUAGUGAAAUAUCUCGUGCUAAAGCCUAUUUACGUGUGAAUCAAUACAACUCUCAUAAUAAUAACAAUGAUAAUAAUAAUAACAAUGUAGACAGUAAAGAUUUAUCAUAUUUCAAUGAUACAAAUCGUUUAGUUUAUAGUCAUGGUAAUAUUUGUGUACAUUUUAUGACAAAAUCAUUUUUGGACUAUGUUUGUCAAGAUGAGAUUCAAAUGAAAAUGCGCUAUCAUCGAGCUCAAAAAAAAGUUACUUGUAUUGAUUUGAAUACAGGCGAAUUGAUUGUACCACAAAAACCGAAUGCAAUUAAAUUUGAAAAAUUCGCUUUUGAUGUUUUUCCAUUUGCUAAACAAUUUUUUAUAUGGGAAGUUCCAAGAGAUGAACAAUUUUCACCACUUAAAAAUGGAUUAAAUGCAAUUAAAGAUUGUCCUCAAACUGCACGUUUAGAUUUAUUGACUUAUCAUACACGUUUAGCAAAAAAUGCUGGUGCAUUAUUCACCAUCAACAAUAACAAUAACAACAACAACGGUAAUAAUAAUCAUAAUGUGACAUCGAAUGGAAAUGGACAUUUACAUAAUAAUAAUAACAGCAGUGUACAUGAUGAUACUAUGGCAUUGAUUGAAAUUUCACCUUUGAUUACUUACAAUGGUGAAAAUUUAUCAUUUUUAAAAGGUGUUGAAAUUCAUGGUCUACAUUGUUUGGAACAAGACAAAGAAACUGGCAAACCUGUUCUGAUUCCUUGUAAAAAAGAAUGAUCAUUGAUAGGAACUAUUAUAUCUACUAGAUCUAGUCAAUGAGUUUUCUCUAUGCAACACACUUAAAGAUUCGUUAUGUUUGAAAAGGAAAAAAAUAAAAUAAAAUUUUGGGUUUUUUCCACCUCAUGGUAUUCGUUGCCUUUUCUGUUUUGUUUUUUAUCCAUAAUGCUGUGAAUUUUCCAUCAGAGGUGUUUAUCCUUUCUUCAUAUAUAAUACAUUUCUAGGUGUUGUACACUACUGUUUCCCAAUGUUUUUUUUUUAAUUAAAAUAAGAAAAAUGGUCAAUUUUUUUGUCUUUCUUUGAAUAAAUGCCUUGGCAGAAUGUGUUUGUGUUGUUUUUUUAAAAAAAUUUUUUUUCUACUUUCAAUAUGAUAAUCAUUCCAUUAAUAUGAAUAAUUUUCUUUAUUUGUAAUUGAUUACUUAUAUGGUAUCAUUUUUAAAACUUAUUUAUUGUUCUUCUAAAUUGUGAUUUAUCUUUUCAUUCGGAAUAGACAAUGCACAAUGCAUCAAAUAUUGUGCGUGCGUGUGUGUGUGUGUGUGAAUGUGUCUACGUGUAGGUGUAGGUGUUCAAUCAGUGAAGAGAUUCAUUCAAUGUUCAUUAUUUAACCUUUUUUGUUUAAAAAAUAUAUUCUCGGUGUUAUAUUAUUUACAUAUAUACAUAUUUUUUUGCAGUAUACUGUUGUUGUUAUUAUCAUUAUGCUCUGUCACUAUUUCAUUAUUCGGUCUAUGAUACAUACUUUAUUGUUGCCUUUUUUUACAGACAGAGAGACACAAUAGUUACAACUUGAUUUCCAUUUUUUUUUCAUCUCUUUUAAAUAAACAAAUUUUUUCUCUGCUGGCAGUCUGAUUUUUUUGGUUUGUUUAGUUAUUGAAGAAGAAAAUGAUAACAGUUUGUUUCGCCUUUUGUUAAUGAGUACAAAAUUUUGAUUGAUCUGCUGAAAUAUAAUCAACAAUACAUAAUUAUUAUCAAUGAUUUCAGUUUUUUCCAUAAAUUGUAUUGUUUUAAUCUUUUCAUGUAUUUACCUUUACCCCAUGCCUAACCCUCCUCCUUCAUCCAGACUUAGGACCGGCAUCCAUCCUAGAAGAGCUUCAGGCGGAGGUGGAUAGGACACAUAUUGAAGAAAGCACGCUAGGGCGUUAUGAGGCAACACCUCACUUUGAACCCGCAUGACCAAAGAACACAUUUCGCCGAGAAUUGAAGGUGGACAUAAAAAGAAUGAACUGAUAUUGGUAAGAACUGGAAAGGGAAGGCCCAUGACAAAGUAGGCUGGAAAAUGCUAGUUGGUGGCCUAUGCUCCACGAGAGGUAACAGGCGCAAGUAAAUAAGUAUGUAGUGAAUAUUAGCUUCAAUUGGAUGGAAAACAGAAAGUUUCUCUGGAGGAGUUGGUGCGUCUGGAGAUUUCGGAGAGAUUACGUUCUGUCAUAAAGCAACAUGUUGAGUGAGAGAGAAGCCUGUUGUAACUGAUUUAUUC